AUGUCAGAGGUGAUUUUGGUUUCGAAAAGUAGAGUUGAAGUACCUAUAUCUCGAGAGGCAGCCUCGGUGUCGCCCGUGCUGCGUAGUAUGCUGUCAAAUCCAUUUCUAGAACAGCAUCAAAAUAAAAUUGAACUUCUGGACAUAGAACCUCAUGUCCUGCAAAAGGUGGUUGAAUAUCUGGAGUAUCACCAAAGGUAUAUGCUGGUGUCAGAAGACGAGGAUAUUCCGGAUUUCGACAUCCCCACUGAGAUGUCUUUGGAACUUCUGCUGGUUGCUGACUACCUUAACAUUUAG